AUGAACGUUUAAUCAACUCACUAAUCUACUUUACAAGAUUUCUAAGUCAUUCAAGAAUUGGGAUCUGGUUCAUUUAGCAAUGUUUAUAGAGUAUAUAGAGUUUGUAUUAUUUUUAGGUCAAAAGGAUUGCAGAUGGAUAAGAAUAUGCUUUAAAAAAAGUUAAAAUAGCUAACUUAAAACCUAAGGAAAAGUAGAAUGCUCUAAAUGAAGUUAGAUUUUUAUAUUCGAUAAAUCACAAACAUAUUGUUGCAUAUAAAGUAAGUUCUUUUUUGGAAUUUUAGGAAGCCUUUAUUGAUGAACCCUCAUAAUGUCUUUGUAUAGUUAUGGAACUACUAUCAGGAGGAGAUGUCUAUAAAAAGAUUUCUUAAGCCAGAGGUUCCACUCCCUUUACAGAAAUGGACAUCUGGAGAGCAUUGAUUCAUAUUACUUUAGGGUAUUUAGAAUUUAUAUAACUCAUAGAUUAAAGGCACUUCAUGAUUAAAAGGUAGUACAUAGAGAUCUUAAGUCUGCUAACGUUUUUUUAUCAAGUGAUGGAACUUUCAAACUUGGAGAUUUAAAUGUUUCUAAAGUAGCUAAAGCAGGCUUUGUAUAUACAUAAACUGGUACUCCAUAUUAUGCUAGUCCAGAAGUAUGGAGAGAUUAACCUUAUGAUAUGAAAAGCGACAUUUGGUAAUUUUAUAGUUUUUAUUUUUUAAGGUCACUUGGAUGUGUAAUAUAUGAAAUGUGUUGUUUAUAGACUCCAUUCAGAGCAAAAGAUAUGGAUUUACUAUUUCAAAAGGUUUAAAGAGGAACAUAUGAUUAAAUACAAAGCCACUUUUCUAAAGAUUUAUCUCAAAUCAUCUCGAGUUUAUUACAAAUCUAACCUCAUUAAAGACCUACUUGUGAUUAAAUACUUGCAAACCCAAUUGUUUAAAAAUAUAUGAAAAAUUUAGAAACCAAUAUUGAAUCUAAGCCAAUUAAUAAGACUCUUAUGGAAACAAUUCAAUUUCCAAAUAACUUUAAAUAAUUGAAAAACAAAUUACCAAAAGUAUUUUUAUAAUAAAAUUAUUAAGUCAAAUUAUGAUGAAGUUAAUCCAAAUGUUAGUGCUGAUAGAGUCUAAGAUAAUAAAUCUACUGAUAAAUCAACUAGUCCAUUUCGAUAUCCUUAAUAACAAUAAUAUAUUCCUAUUUCUGAAUCUAGAGUCAGUCAAAGUUAAGUUAAUAUUAUAUAAGCACAAUAAUCAUCUCCUUAGUAAAUUAAGAAUAAUUCUAUUUUGAAUAAAAAUCAAAGUAAUGUUCAACAACCAUAACCAUAAAUUAUAUAAUAGACAUAAAAUCAUAAAACUGAGAAGCCUCAAUCUGCAUAAAUAAACUCAAGAUAAAAUCCAUAUGAGAGAGCUCAUGAACUGAAAGAACAAAAAGAAAGAGAAUUCAAAUAAUAAAGAGAAAAAGACUAAUUAUUAAGAGAAAAAAGAGAGAGAGAUGCAAGAGAUGCUAAAUUAGCUAAAGAAGCAAAAGAGGCUAAAGAGAAAUAAUUAUAAGAAGCCAAACUUAGAGAGAGUAGAGAAUAAUAAAGAUUAUUAAUAGAGAAACAAUAAAGAGAAUAACAAGAAUAAUAAUAAUUUAGAAGGAUUUCUCCAAUCUCAGCUUAACCUCGAGAAUACUAAUAUGCUAAUUAUAUUAAUUAACAAUAACCUAGAAGCUAACAUUCCUAUUCUCCUAAUAUUAGAUAAAUAGACUAAUAAAAUAUUUAAUAGGGUUAUAAGUAUUAUAUUAAAUUCUAUUUAGUGGUUAAAGAGUUAAUUAUAAUAAUUAAGUAUAAUAAAGACCAAUAAAUAGCUAAUCUAUCAAUGUCAGUCAAAAUUAUCCUAAUUAAUAUAACAGACCAUAUAAUUAAGAAACAUCUUAACAUAGAAUUUCGUAAACUCCAUAAUCUGCUGCUCCAAGACCAUAAUAUAGUCCUUAUCAAAAACCUAUUACAGAAAGAUACCCUGCUCAUCCACAAUCUGCUUUGCCAUCAUCAAAUAUUAGGGAAUCUUAAAAAACUGAAAGACCAUAAGUUUUUCCGUCUUAAGCUAAAGUUAUCAAAUAAAGAUAAUCUGAUAUCAAUUAAAAAAAAGAAUUUUCAUCUCCUAAUUAAUAAUAGGCAAUUAGACCUGCUGGAAAACCUUCAAGGCAAUAAUCCAAUAAUAUUUUUUCAUAAAAUGACAGAAUAAUUAAAUCUGAUUCUAGACCUUAGAAUAAUUUUAUUACUGGCAAUUAUAAUCAUUUUUAUCCAAUUGAUAAUUACUAAAGACAUGCUUCAGAUCAAAAUUUAAUAAAAUAUUAGUAAAAAUUAAAUAUAUUUUAGACUUCGAUAAUAAGAUAAAUAAUUAUUAUUACGUCCAUAGAUCAAUAAUAGAAAAUAUUGA